AGCACCAUGGACAGAGAAAAAAGCGUCUUGGAAUAACCAGACUCCUCUGUAUAGGCAUUAGCUUCAGUAUAGGUACUACUACAGUAUAACAUCAUGCACACACUAAGGUUUAUUGUUUUAUCCACUGCUUCUGUUUUGAAUUUUGUCUGCUCAGUUGAUAUUCUUACUUUUAAAUAUCGUUGGUACAUAUCUACAUAACCUAUUUAUAAUAUAAUAAAUAUUUUAGAUCGCUGCCUUUAUUCCAGAGGAAACAUUUUUUUUUUGUCUUUCUUCGUCUCUGCUUCCAGUCAUCACUAUUCCUUGACUCGUUCUUUUUUCUUCCCUGGUUUCUGCUCAUAGUUUUGUCCGUGUUUGUGGCCUGGGCUUUUAAGCCCCGUCACCACUUCCUUCAUUGUAUUCGUCUGCUUGCUUUCAUUUAUCUAAAAUAUAAUAUAGUCUACAUUUAACAUUUGUUUGCACUGCGAUUAUUGAAGUUUUAGCUGUUGUCCUUAAUGAGUGAGUUGCUGAUGUUUGUCUGAAACGUUAGAUGUGAAUGGAGUUUGUGCUGAGCUUUUAUACUACUGUCUAUGCUGCAAUACGUUACAUUGGACUCCUAGGGCCGCUGUUGGACAGCGUGUUGUAGACCGUGGUUGAGCUGUACCUCCCCUGUGAUCUUUUUUUUGUCUUAAAUUUGACGGCAACACAAAACCACUGCAAGUAUUAAUUUCGGGCACUUACCACCAACCCGGGUUGCUGAAGAAAACGGCAUCGUAUGGAUUGCGUCUAAUAUUUUCGAUUUGUGGGUCUUACAAAGGAUUUUCUUUCUAAAGGACACAGAACAACAACGGCAAUCCUGGUGAAUGAAAAUGUCGGACAGAACAAUGAGGUUGCAAGUACUCCUGUUUUUUACAACCAUUUCUCUGUCGACGGUGCUCGGGCAGGUCAGCUAUUCUAUUCCAGAGGAGAUGGCGAAAGGAUCAGUGAUUGGGAACAUCGCACAAGACCUAGGUUUAGACAGAAAAAGACUGGUAACGGGUAAAGCUCGGAUUUUCACAGGCGACAGCGCACAGUGCAUCGAGCUCAACAGAGAGAGAGGAGUCCUCCUUAUCAAAGAGAAAAUAGACCGAGAGGCGCUCUGUGGCCAGACGACGCCCUGCGCUUUGCAUUUUCAGAUUAUUUUAGAGAAUCCAAUGGAGCUGUACACUGUUGUUGUCGAAAUAUCGGAUGUGAAUGACAACAGUCCGGUUUUCGAAAAGUCCGAGAUGAAAUUCAAAAUAAGCGAGUCUGCUGUAAUAGGAGCUAAAUUCAUGUUGGAGAGAGCAAUAGAUCCCGAUGUUGGCAUGAACAGUCUGCAGAAUUAUUUUUUGACAACAACGGAUAAUUUUGUGCUGAAGUUGAAAGAUCACCCCGAUGGAGAAAAGAUGGUCGAAAUGGUUUUACAAAAACCUCUAGACAGAGAAAAACAGGAGGAAUUACAUUUGGUCUUAACUGCGGUGGACGGCGGAGAACCAAGGCUUUCUGGCACAGCACAGAUACACGUUACGGUACUAGAUAGCAAUGACAAUGCACCCGUUUUUACCAAAACAGCCUAUAAAGCAUCUAUACCAGAAAACGCAGCUAAAGGUACCGUUAUAAUCAGGGUCAGUGCGUCAGACGCUGAUAAAGGAUCAAAUUCCAACUUAAAGUAUUCAAUAUCCAACACUGUUGCAGACGUAAGAGACAUGUUUGAAAUGAAUGAAGUGAACGGCGAUUUAAUCUUAAAAAGUAAUAUAGAUUAUGAAAAGGCACGUAAUUAUCAAAUACAUGUACAAGCAAGCGAUGAAGGAGGACUCACGGAUUCUUGUAAGAUCACAGUCGAAGUGAUUGAUAUCAAUGAUAACAAACCAGUUAUAAAUAUAAUGUCACAGACCAAUGUGAUUACAGAGGACGCUAAACCAGCUACAAUAGUGACGAUGGUAAAUAUUCAGGAUGUCGAUUCCGAAGAAAAUGGUAAAGUUAACUGCGCCAUUAAUGAACAUAUUCCCUUUACAUUGAAACCGACAUCAAGUAAUUUCUUUAAUUUAAUCACAGACACUGAAUUAGACAGAGAGGGAGCCUCAGAGUAUAACAUCACAGUGACGUGUUCUGAUGAGGGAGUUCCCUCCCUCUCCAGCAGCGUCACUCUCACUUUACAGAUCUCUGACGUCAACGACAACGCGCCUGUCUUUGAGAGGAGCUCAUAUGAGGCCUACAUAGUAGAAAACAACACACCAGGUCUCUCUAUAUUCACAGUCAAAGCCACAGACGCUGACUGGAACCAGAAUGCUCGUGUCUCUUACAUCCUGGAGGACUCCUCUGUGAACGGAGUGCCAGUCUCCUCAUAUGUGUCAGUUAGUGCUGAUGGUGGAGUCAUCCACGCAGUUCGCUCCUUUGACUACGAGCAGAUCAAAGACUUCCAGUUCCGCGUCAAAGCUCAGGAUGGAGGUUCUCCUCCACUCAGCAGUAAUGUGACGGUGAAAAUCCUGAUCCAGGACCAGAACGACAACCCUCCUCAGGUUCUGUACCCAGUCCAGACUGGGGGCUCUAUGGUGGCUGAGAUGGUGCCUCGUUCAGCAGAUGUGGGCUAUCUGGUGACUAAAGUGGUGGCUGUGGAUGUGGACUCUGGACAGAACGCCUGGCUCUCCUAUAAACUGCAGAAAGCCACAGACAGGGCGCUGUUUGAAGUGGGCUUACAGAAUGGAGAAAUCAGAACCAUCCGCCAAGUGACUGAUAAAGAUGCAGUCAAGCAGAGGCUGAUUGUUAUAGUGGAGGACAACGGGCAGCCCUCUCGUUCAGCUACAGUCAUUGUUAACGUGGCGGUGGCGGACAGCUUCCCUGAAGUGCUGUCGGAGUUCACGGACUUUACACACGACAAGGAGUACAAUGACAACCUGACUUUUUACUUAGUGCUGGCUCUGGCUGUGGUUUCCUUCCUGUUCAUCACGUGUUUAGUGGUCAUCAUAUCAGUCAAAGUGUACAGGUGGAGACAGUCUCGCAUCCUGUAUCACUCCAACCUGCCUGUGAUUCCAUAUUAUCCACCACGUUACUCAGACACUUUGGGGACAGGGACUCUCCAACACGUGUACAACUACGAGGUGUGCAGGACCACUGACUCCAGAAAGAGUGACUGUAAGUUCGGCAGAGCCGGUAGUCAGAACGUGCUGAUCAUGGAGCCCGGUUCAACGGGGACGAUGCAGAGGAUGCAGAGUGAAAAGAGCAUCUUGGACGAACCAGACUCUCCUCUAGAGGUUAGUUUGGAGGUUUAACUCCCAUUUUUAGCAUUGUUUUUUUGUGACUUGUUUAACGUUGCACUCAGUUUUUACAAUUUAGGCGUAAAAAACUGUACAUCACUGCCAUUUAAACACUGAAUUACUCUUGUAGAGCUUAGAUCUUCAAUGUUUUUUAAACAAUUUUGGCUUUGAAGGCUCGAAAAAUGACGACUUGAUGCAUUGGUUAGAUUUGUAAUUUCAUUUCAAAACAGUUUGGUUUCAGUGUUUGAAUGUACUUUGCUGGUUAGUUUUAGUUGUGGUGAUUGUGUUUUCAGCCCAGUUGACAGGUCAAUUAUUGAGUUUUAUUUUUUUUAAAAAGCAGCAAAUUGUUGAUAGUAAUUCAUCAACAUUCGGUCAUUUGCCUUUUUAAGAAACACUAAGUACAGUAGUUGUUUGUUUGUUAAAACCACUUACUGUAAUUUCCUCUAUGCACGGUAAAUAUAUGGUGAAUACAUGAUAUCCUGUUAUUCCCAAUUUAAAUACCCAGUGUUUCAAGUAUUAGUGGCAUCGUAAUUCAUUAAAACUAUAAUAUCUGAACAUGACUCUUGCAGUCAUCUGUGUUACACGAUAGUGAUAUUAAAUAAGAGUUUUUUCGUUUCAGCACGCUGGACAGCGACUGUUUGCUACUCCUUGUACUUUCCUUGUCCUCUGCGUCUUAUGUUGCAAACACAGUUUAAAU